UUCAGUUCACUUCUGGCUCUCGUGCAAAGCGCAUCGUACAGCGGAUAUAUCGCAUCUGUAUCGUAUCGUAAAACGAAUCGUAUUCGCAUCCGUGUCGGUCGCAUCUGCGUGCUAGUGUGUGUGAGUGUGCCCGGGUGUGUGCGAGUUGGUGUGUCCGCUGCAAUGGUCUUGGCUAUUUGAAGCGCAAAAGUGCAGUAUUUACUGUUUGGUGAUUCACUCAAUCAUUAGAAUACCCAAGAGAUAACUAUCAUAUCUUGGGGUUUUCCCAACGAACCGAUCCGAUAAAAUGGAAACCCUGUAAACUCAUGCUCCCCCGCCUUAAAAAUCGGUUCAGUGAUUUACGUGUGGGUGUGGGUGCAGUGCUUAAAUUAUACACGUAAAAUUUAAACAAAUAAAGGCUGUUAAAAAAUCGUAAACUCGAGAUCCAGCUAGUGCCGAAUUCAGUGCUAAAGUGAAACUUCUUUGUGCAAACAACAAAAACCGUUAAUUGCCAGCGCCAUUCUUUUAAAGGCCCCGACUUAUAAAGAGUGUUUUCAGUGCCUAUAUGGUUUUACUUAAGUCUUUUGUUUAUCGUUGUACCCAUAUUGUUUUCAGUUUAUCAAUAUAUAGAUAAUUAUCUAAAUGGAGGAGCUUUGUUAAUUGAUAUAACAAGCCUUAAGCGUUAAUGUUCCCAUCUCAUAGGUCCAAGUCAGAAAACCAAUCCCCUUUCACUUUAAACAGAUCAGAAUCCAAGGAUUAGGUCGCUUAUUCUUUUUCCAAACUAAUGAACAAUUAAAUGGCACGGCGUUGUUGGUCGCAAAGUUUCCAUUGCCCGAUGCAGAGACCCAAAACCAAAAUAAACGGAACCCUUUCACUUUAAAAUCCACAGAACCCCAAAGAUCGAAAACGAGUUUCGCAAAAGAGCAAAGAGCCGAGCGGCGGCCAUGCUUAUAUUCCAUAUCGAAUAACUGAAUAGCCGACCAAUAAAGUGUUACUUGGCACAUCCAACAUCCAACGUUCAACUAGCAAUCCAACUUACAAUAUCCAGCAUCCAACUAGCUCCGUUGCAUUGGCCUAUAUUCAAAAUAGAUCAGAGAUCGACUCGAGAGACCGGAGGAGAUGUGGAUGAGGUGGUGACGAGGAGCUGCGGAGGAGAUCGCCAUGUGAGAAGAGCAAAACUAGUUUCCCAUUUGCGCGCUUAUGCUAAGUAAUAAUAAUAAAUAAGCGCAGUAGUCUCUGGCUUGCCGUUCGAGAAGUGACCUAAAAAUACUGGUUUCGAGUGCGGUUUUGGCGUGAGAACGUGUAGCACAGCGAAGGCACCACCACCACCACCAAUGGCCACCACAGCCGCCGGAUCAGCAGCCACCACCACCAACACGAUGGUGGUGAAGCGGCCAGGACCACCAGUGCCGCCCAGGCCCAAAGCAGCAGCUCAGCUGGCCAAUGGAGCAGGAGCCCCUCCGAUCAUUCAGAAGAAGCCCACCUUCGUGAGCCAGCUGAGUGCAGUGGGUCGUACCUUGGUCUACAAGUCGCCAACGGUCAAUCUGCCCAAGAAACAGGCCCAGACCCAGACGCCCACCACGGCGGUGCCAACGCCGCCGGUGAAGCCCCUGAAGCUGCGCAAGGCACCGGAUGUGCCCACGGCCAAGCCCAGGGAUUCAAUGACCUCGGUGGUCACGGUCAACCGGCAUAACUCGAUAAGCGUGAUCGGGAGCACGCCACAGACCACACCCCGCAAGGACACCCGCUUGAGCCUGGGAAAGGUGGACUUCGAGAGGGCGGGCCUCCAGCCGGCCAGUCAGCCACUUCCCAGGCCACGGAAAAUUGUUCAAGUGCCCGUGGCCACUCUAGAUGUGGAAGACAUACCAGUGGUGGCUCCCAGCCCAUCAUCAAAUGGACUCUUCAGGCGAUCAAAGACCACCCUGGAUGGCAGCCAGAAGGAUUCGGCAUCCUCCCCGCACAAUGGAGGAGGAUUCCUGUCCGGACGGACCGUGGAGAUCAAGAAUAAUCUGAAGAACGCCGCCGAGCGUUUGUUCUCGGAGAUAAUCAUCAACCAGAGCCAGAAACAGGCAGCCACCGACACCACCAUCAUAACCAAGCACGAGGCCCUGAAGCAGGAGUCCGAUGUCCUGGCCAUCCAGUCAUCGGGCAACUGCAUGAGGAUCAAUGUUAACGGCGGCCAGACGAGCACCAUGAAGAGCUCGAUCAGCGUGGGCAACACGCCGCAAAAGAAGCAAGCCUUCCACGAGAUGCUCAUCUCGGAGCUGGCUGCCAUGCGGAACAAGUCCUGCUCCCUGGAGCAGCUACCCACCGCCAAGUCGCCGCCACCCACCACUUCCACGCCCAAAAGCGUGGCAUCUCGCAGGCGCUACAACUCUAUAGAUGAUGCCGACACCGAGGAUGUGGAUGCGGACAACGUGGAGGAUGCCGAUGGUGACGUCGACGAGGAGGACACCCUCACCUACGCAGUCAAUAAAUCGCUGAAGGAGAACAUUGGCAAGGAGGGCUCGUCCUCGAGGAAGCGCUGCCCCUCGGGCUGCUCCACAGACUCCUCGCCCUACGGAACCGAGCGAUCCCAGCGCAUCCGCACCUCGGAUUGGAUCGAGGUGGGCGACAACGGCACGGCAGUUACUCUGACUAGCUGCCACAUCAGCCUGGAGGACUCGGGCAUGGAGGACGAGGAGCGGCUGGACGACAUGUCCUCGGGAGUGGGCGACAGCUGGGACAGCGUCAAGGAGGCCGAGAGCGAGAAGCGUUCUCGCAACGGAAAGCGUGGAAACUCGGCUUGCGAGCUGCCCCCGCUGCCGAAAUCUCUCAUCGGCUUCAACAAGUUACUGUGCUCCGAUUCGGGACUCCUGAGUGAUGUGGAAGGAAACAAUAACAGCAGCGAUGGCAGCCGAAAACCAAACGACAAUCUUGCUGUGGAGACACAGGAUACCAAGGAGCAUGCCACCGAUAAGUCACUGCCCUCCUCGCCGAACGGAAACACAUCCAUACCACCAAUGCUGGUGGCCAAAUCCGAGGCCAAGUCCCCCAGCUUAUCCGCCAAAGGAAACCCCCAGGCGGUCGAGGCGGGCAGCACUCUGGAUGCCCAGAUUGCGACGCUGCGGAAGGAAAUGGUGAGAUCUCAAUCAUAUUUUAUUGUACAAUAGUUGGGAUGAAAGCGUGUGCCAUACGAUUGCUUCCAUAUAUAUUUAUAGUUUAUGUUGGAGAGUUUCCAUAAUAGGUAAAAGUAUCUUUAGAAUGCCGAAACACCUUACUUUCGACCACUGACUCAGUUUGGAACUGAAGUAUUUCAUAAAAUUUGCAUCUUAAACGAAGCAAUUUAAUUCGCCGGCCAGGAACCAGUUGUGUGAAGUGACGAAGCAAGCUAUUUUUAUUCGCGUGCUGUCACUGUAGUGCCGAAAUAUAACACACUUCUCGAGGGUACGAGCUGCAUUUCGAUGUGAACUUUAUUGACCUGCUGGGUAUGCCGCAGUUCAGCCGCCUAAUGGCAACUUCUGCGGCGGGGCAAAGUCUAAAUGUUGGCCAAACCUUUCACAUUUAAUUUGGUUUGGUGGCUGGCAGUGGCUGCGGUUCGAUACAUAUAGUUAGAUAGAUUCCAUGGCAUUAUGGUCGUAAGAACCUGUUUAAUGCCCGCUUAGGCGUAGGUGUAAGCACCCCCCACAAGUGUAGUAAGCCUUGGGUUAGGAGCGGCCACUUCGGCGGUAUUCAAGUCUCGGAUCAAAUCAAAAGCGAAGUCUUCUGAGUAAAAACGCUGACUUUUCGUGCUGCUCCGAUUUAGACGUCGAUCUGUGGCGGCGCUCAACAAUUGGAAAUAAAUACUAAAUUGUGCACCAUUUAAAGCAUUUUGCGCAAUUUGCAUGUCUGCUGUUGUGCAAUAUGGCUUUUAGGACGUGGCCGAGACGCGGUCUUGGGCGCAAAUGUGAAAUAUUUGUGGGCCACAUUUCCUGUGCAAUAUGACUGUUACACGCGCAUUUCACGCGGUUCAAGCGAUUCUAUUAGCUCGUAGAUUUCGCCGCCACAAAGCCUAAAUCCAAUGACACUUUAAUUGGUCAUUGUAUUUGCCCAACCAUUUGUGAUUGUGUGUUAUUGCUGCGGGGCAUUUGAAUCUAUUUGUUGCCACAAUAUCUCUGCGGGCUUUGUUUAUCUAACUCUACCGGGUCUUAGUCACUUUCGGGCCAAGUUGGGCCGCAAAAAUCUAAUCGAAAUGCCAUCGGGCGGACAUAAAGCCCUGGCAUUCGAAGGAAAACACUCGUUUCUUAGC